AGACGUCACAGGUCGACUGUGGCGUGCCAAGAAUGCCGAGGGCGUAAGCCGGCCUCUGUUCCCGACGUCCAUCGUGGUGAUUCUGUAGCGGAAGGCCACAAUGACACUGCCUAUCACUCUGACCCUGGGCGGCAAAGAGACAUUGAGGAGGAACGGAGCGGAGCUGAGAUAUCCUCCGCGGCGACAGGUCAAGGGAUCGUUAAUUCUGACUGCCUUUUCUAUCUUGGGGAGCAACCUGGGGCAACAUCCGUCAUUGAUGUCUGCUCGCAUCCUCAGAAGCCCAUUCAGAGGCAUAUUCUACUCCGUUCUGCUCCGCCGGUCACCAUCUCUCAGCAAGACAGCGACUAUCUCAAGCAAAAGGGCGUCUUUAACCUUCCUCAACCGAGCUCUCGUAGAGAGAUACUUCGAGCCUAUUUCCAUCACGUGCAUCCGAUUCUACCUGUACUAGAUGUGGGUGUACUCCAAAAUCUUCACGAACCUGUCUAUGUUUCGUCAUCCGAUUUGCUCCUCUUUUGGAGCAUGGCCUCGGUGGCAGUCAACUUCGUUCCGAGUAGCGUUUGGCAGCUUGAGGGUUUUGACUCUUGUAAGGAGAUGAAGGCUACGGCUUAUGAACAUGCCAAGUGUGUUUACAACAACGGCGGCGUAAUCCAUCAAGAACACCUCCUACAAUCCGCGCUCCUCCUGUCCUUCUGGCAUUCCGACAGGGACAGACUCUCACAACCGUGGUACUGGAGUGGAGUUGCAGUCAGCUUGUGCCAGAUCAUCGGGCUACAUCGAAACCCAGAUUCAGUAAGGCUAAAUCCCUUGAUCAACCCACGUCGUCGUCGCAUGUGGCGUCGCCUAUGGGGAGGCUGUUUAUUUCGAGAUCGAUGGUUGAGCAUGACACUGGGGCGACCCAUGAGAAUCCGUCUUGGCGACUGCGACAUGCCUUUUCCUACUGUCGAGGAUUUGCUGGGUGAUGUCGGCGAGCUUCCAUCCUCGCUAAGGGACCUGUAUCUCCCACAGGACCUUGAUCGGCUGACCAAAUAUUGGCCGGUUCUCUUGCAGCUGAGCAGACUUCUAGGCGACGUCACCAUGUUAUGCUAUCAACCAAAUAACCCUCUACCGAGCCUGGAGCAGUGCGAGUGUCUAGAGGCGGAGCUCUCGCAACACUGCAUUCCUGAUGUGACCAACGGCGAAGAGACAUUUCGUUCCAAACAACCCUAUCAGCCGCUGACUCCGAUCAACAGAGCGCUUUUAAUUACGUUCUAUCGACCCUGCGUGUCAAUGAUGCCCAAGGAUCUUCAACCGUCAGCUCAAGGCCCAUGGCAGAACUGCAUGCGAACUCGACUAGCAUCGGCAGCAGCCUCCACUAAUGCUGUCCUUGACAGCAUAGUACGCGAAGAGCUUGUUGGUUUGGCAUGUCCUAUGACUCCCCCACUCUUAGUACCAGCUAUGCAUGUCCAUCUUCUUGACUGCAAAUCCCAAAACCCUUUGACUCGGAAACUGGGAUUCAACAAACUCGAGUUCUGCAUGGAAGUAAUGCGCGAGUUUCAAAAGACCUACACCUCAGCGUCUGUCUUCUGUGGCAUCUUUGGAGAAGCAAUACGCCAGUUAUCUCCUGACAAUUCGGGUCAAUCUGGA